UAUUAAAAUUACAUCCCUAGCUGACAUAUAAACACGUAAAAAUAUUAAUUUCGUGACGAAAAAUGCCGUAAGCGCAUUGUAAAAUGCAUAAAGUGCAUAUAAAUCUCAGAUGUGAGAUGUUAAAUCGCGAGUUGAAUAUCAAGUCCGUGCAGAACUUCAAAGUGCAAUAAUAAUACUCGAAGUGCCAUCAAAAUAACCUUGUGCUCGUGUCAGCAGUUGUUUAUGAUCAGAAAUAAGUAAUUGACGUGCAAGAAAUAAAGCAAAACUAAGUAGAAAGUCCACUGGGGGCAUUAAAUAAUAGCAAUAACCCAAUAUCUCAAAAGUUUAAGAGGAAAAUACAGUGACUGUGACUGUGAAUGUGAAUGUGUUAGUGGCACCAAUCGGGCACAACACAACACAACACGCACACACAUACACGCGCAUAGAGAAUUUCAGCUAGUUUUCAUAAAACAUACACAUAAAAAAGUAACAACAACACCGAACGCGAUAAUAAAUAAAAAGAAAAGAAAAGAACAGCAACAAAACAGCAAAAGCAACAACGAAGAGUCUCAAAAAGAGACUGGGGAAAACACUCCGAUAACAACAAGAAAACUAAGGGAACAACAACACAGUCAAGGAACCACCACAUUCUCCACAUCGACAGAUUUUGAAUGCUGCUGCAUUUUGAUCAUUGGAGACAAAAUGGUUUCGUUAAUUGCUACAAUCGAUGCGGCAGCGGAGGCGCAAAAACAGCGUAACGCCGCCGCCCCCGCUGCUGCUGCAGCUGCUGCUUCUUCGAGCAUCUCGGCUACUGGCAGCGCGCUAGCCAAGGCUUCUCCAGGAUCAGGAUCGAACCUGACUGCCAGCGGCAAGCCCAAGGAGAAACGCAGGAACAACGAGAAGCGCAAGGAGAAGUCCCGCGAUGCGGCCCGUUGUCGCCGCUCCAAGGAGACGGAGAUCUUUAUGGAGCUCUCGCAGGUGCUGCCCCUGAAGAACGACGAUGUGAAUCAGCUGGACAAGGCCUCCGUGAUGCGCAUCACAAUCGCCUUCCUCAAGAUACGCGAGAUGCUGCAGUUUGUGCCGUCUUUGCGCGACUGCAAAGAGGCACCAUCGGGAAUCAAGCAGGACAUCGACGAGCCCGAGGUGAAGCCUAAGCUGGAGCUGAGCAGCGAGGAGUGGCUCGAUGGCACCGCAGAGGCCAGCCAUUUGCUGAAGGAGACCAUGGACGGGUUCCUGCUGGUGCUCUCCCACGAGGGCGACAUCACCUACGUCUCCGAGAACGUGGUCGAGCACUUGGGCAUCACAAAGAUCGACACUCUGGGCCAGCCGAUCUGGGAGUACUCGCAUCAGUGCGACCACGCGGAAAUCAAGGAGGCCCUCAGCUGGAAGCGCCACGGCACGCCCGUGAAGGACGAGCAGCAGCUCGAGUCCGGGGUGAGCACCCACCAUCGGGACCUGUUCGUGCGCUUGAAGUGCACCUUGACCAGCCGCGGACGCAGCAUCAACAUCAAGAGUGCCACCUACAAGGUCAUUCACAUCACGGGACACUUGGUGGUCAAUGGCAAGGGUGAGCGUGUGCUCAUUGCCAUCGGGCGACCCAUACCGCACCCCUCGAACAUCGAGAUACCCCUGGGCACCAGCACCUUCCUCACCAAGCACUCGCUGGACAUGCGCUUCACCUACGUGGACGACAAGAUGCUGGGCUUGCUGGGGUAUGCGCCCAACGAUCUACUGGACACUUCGCUGUUUGUCUGCCAGCACGGAGCCGACUCCGAACGCCUCAUGGCAACCUUCAAGAGCGUGCUGAGCAAGGGACAGGGGGAGACCUGUCGGUACCGCUUCCUGGGAAAAUGCGGAGGCUACUGCUGGAUCGUCAGCCAGGCCACAAUCGUCUACGACAAGCAGAAGCCCCAGAGCGUCGUCUGCGUGAACUACGUUAUAAGUAAUCUUGAGAACAAACAUGAGAUUUACUCACUCGCUCAGCAAACGGCGGCAAGUGAACAAAAGGAACAACAACAACAACACCAACAAGCAUCAUCUGACAUCGAUAAAAACAACAAAAACAACACAACAGAAACAACAACAACAAUAGCAGCAGAGGAAGAAACAUCAAACUGCGAAACAGCUAAGAAAAUCGAAGCUCCAAUAGAGCUUGAGGAGAAGCCCCAAUCGACUCCGAUACCGAUUUCGAUUGUGAGCGAGGAAUCGGCGACGGAAAUCAACAACAAUCCAGAGCCAGAUCCAGAGCCAGAGCUGUUGGCUGCAAAGAAAACUUCAAUUCCAACAGAAAUUUCUGCUGCUGCUGCUGCAACCAACCCACCAACACCAACACCAACAACAACUGAAACAGCAACACCACUCACCAACCAACUACAACAACAACUGCAGGCAGAAGAACUCCACAUCAAGCGAGAGAACCACUCGCCGGGUCCCCGCACCAUCACAGCACAGCUGAUCAGCAACAACAACAACAACAACAACUGCGGCGGCAGCCUGCGGAUCGAGGAGAAGCGCCCCAAGUCGGUGACUGCUUCGGUGUUCCGGCCCAGUCCGGCGCCACCUCUAACCCCAUCAGCCAUAUCCAUAUCCCCAGCAGCAGGAGGAGGGGCAGGGUUCAAGAAAACAGCAGAGCCCACUCUGCCGCCGACAACAACUGCAACGGCAGCGAUUCUCUCGUCGAGCAAUCAGCAGCAGCCACAGCAGCAGAACCUGCAAGCGACUCAAGAUAUGAGUAAGGGAUUCCUAUCAUUCGCUGACGAUGGACGAGGCUUAACAAUGCUCAAGGAGGAACCCGACGAUCUGUCCCACCAUUUGGCCUCGACCGCCUGCAUCCAGCUGGACGAGAUGACGCCGUUCAGCGACAUGCUGGUGGGCCUCAUGAGCUCCUGCCUGCUGCCGGACGAAAUCAACUCCUUGGACUCGACCACCUGCUCGACGACGGCCAGCGUGGCGCCCCACUACCAGAGGAGUAGCGGCCACAGCCACAGCGGCAGCGGCAGCCAAAGCAGCAGCUACGCCAGCAGUCCCCUCAGCCCGCUCACGCCCACAGAAGUGGCGACCACAGCAGCAGGGGCCUCCAACGGGAGCACUCCCAGCCACCAGAGCAACAGCCAGCAUCAGCACCAGCACCAGCAUCACGACAACAGCAACAGCAGCAGCAGCAACAUCGAUCCGCUGUUCAACUACCGCGAGGAGUCGAACGACACGAGCUGCUCCCAGCACCUCCACUCGCCCAGCAUCACAUCGAAGAGUCCCGAGGACAGCAGCCUGCCAUCGCUGUGCAGCCCCAGUUCGCUGACCCAGGAGGAUGACUUCUCGUUCGUGGACUUCGGGAUGCGCGCCCCCUACAUCCCGAUGGGCGAUGACAUGCCCCUGCUCACGGAGACGGACCUCAUGUGGUGUCCGCCCGAGGACCUGCACGGAUCCAUGCCCAAGGAGAUCGAUGCCAUUCAGCAGUUGCAGCUGCUCCAACAGCAGCAGCACCACCACCAGCAGCAGCAGGCAUACAGCCAGUACAACCAGCAACAGCAGCAGCAGCAGCAACAGCAACAACAGCAGCAGCAGCAGCAGCAGCAUUUCUCCAACUCAUUGUGCUCGUCGCCCGCAUCGACAGUGUCCUCCCUGUCGCCAUCGCCAGUGCAGCAGCAUCAGCACCAGCAGCAGCAGCAACACCACCAGCAGCAGCAGGCCGGCGGAGUCUUCACCACCGACUCGAGCGAGCUGGCAGCCCUGCUUUGUGGCACGGGCAACGGAACGCUCUCCAUCCUGGGAGGGAGUGGCGGACCUAUCGCGGAGGAGUGCGCCGAGCGUCUCCAGCAGCAUCAGCAGCAGGAGGCCACCAGCGACUUUCGCAGCUUCCAGCAACUGCAGCAGGAGUUGCAGUUGCAGGAGGAACAGCAGCAACAGGAGCAGCAGCAGCAGCAGGAGGAGCAGCAACGCCAGCAGCAGCAGCAGCUGCUCAGCCUCAGCACCUCAGAGUGCAAGAAGGAGAAGUACGAGGUGCCGAUGGCCCCCAGCCUGAGUCAUUCCAUUGAGGAUGCAUUUGAGAAUGACUACAGCAAGGAUUCCUCCAAUCUGGACUGCUGGGACCUGCUGCAGAUCAACAUGGCAGAGGCUGCCGUCAGUCCGGCUGCCUCGCCCUCCCCCUGCAAGGCGACGACCAUCCAGCUGCUGCAGCACCAACAGCAGCAGCAGCAGCAGCAGCAGAACGUCAUCCUGAAUGCCGUUCCAUUGAUAACCAUUCAGAACAACAAGAGCAUGCUGCAACAGCAACAGCAGCAGCAGGAGCAGCUGCAGGAGCUGAUGCUGACCACCAAGCAGCAGGCACCCACCGCCACCAUGAAGCUGCUGAACGGAGCGAGCAUUGCGCCAGUGACCACGAAGGCCACCAUUCGACUGGUGGAGAGCAAGCCGCAGCAGACAACGACGCAGCAGCAGCAGCGCCUCGGAAAGCCAGCCAUGCAGCAGAUCCUCGUGCCGCAGCAGCAGCAGCAGCACGGAAGCAAGCGUCACCUGAACAGCCAGACGAGCCAGGGGAACCCGGUGGAAUCGAAGCGCCUGAAGAGCGGCACCAUCUGCCUGGAUGUGCAGUCGCCGCAGCUGCUGCAGCAGCUGAUCGGCAAGGACUCGGCCCAGCAGCAGACGCUGGCUGGCAAGCGGGCGGCCGGCGACCGCUGGCAGCAGACCGCGGAGGGCAAGCAGCAGCAGAAGCUCCAGCAGCAGCAGCAGUCGAACUCGGUGCUGAAGAACCUACUCGUCAGCGGACGUGACGUUAACGAGCCCGAAGACGUCUCCGAACCGAUGAUUAUAGACGACAAUUGCCUGGAUCAGGAUCAGACCGGACCGAAAUCGCCUCCGCUUGGCGGCUACGGCAAGUACGGAUUGCCCCUGCACUGUCACACCUCCACGUCGGCCGUGCUCCGUAACUAUCACCACAAUCCGCUGAUCAGCGGCACCAACUUCCAGCUGUCGCCGGUCUUCAGCGGCUCUGACGCGGGCGGAGGCGAUGGCGAUGCCGGGUCAGUAGUCUCUUUGGACGACUCCGUGCCGCCGGGCCUGACGGCCUGCGACACAGAUGCCUCCAGCGACAGCGGCAUCGACGAGAACAGCCUCGUCGACGGAUCAUCGGUGUCGCCACGCAAACGGGUGCUCAUCACGAACAGCGACAGGGCCACUGGGCUGGAGGAGUCUGCGCCUCCGCCUCUCGAUGUAAUCCCACAGCAGCAACAUGUGGGCGAGGAGGAGCCCGAAGGAUGCCACAACGGUAGCAGCGCUCCCAGCAGGAAGGCCUCGAUAUCGUUUUUGGACAACAGCAAUCCCCUGCUGCACACCCCGGCCAUGAUGGACCUCUGCAACGACGACUACAUCAUGAGCGAGGGUGGCUUCGAGUUUAGCGAGAGUCAAUUGGAGCAGGUGCUCGGCUGGUCGGAGAUCGUUUAGGGUGUUGGAGGCGUCGGAAGUGGAAGGGAGACGCACAGUUUAUCAUGCACUGCAUUUUCGUGUGCCUGCGGAAAGAAAGAGGAAACAAAAUCGUUGAAAUUACAGUGAAAAUCGAAGAGGAAAGGUAAACCAAAAGAUGAUGUUUUAGCCUUGCGUGAAGGUAGAAAUUAUAGCCAACUUCCCCGACCCUUCACCCCAGAUCCUAGACCACUCAAUCCCUACCAAUCCCUACCACUCUGAAACACACAAGAAAACAAGAAAACCCACAACCCACCCGUGAACAGACCACUAGCUAACCGAAACACAAACAGGAAGGGUUUAGUUAACCAUAUUUGAAUAGUUUUGUAGCCAUGUUAACUGCCUAGAACGAGAGAAUAUACAUGUAUGUACUUUAGUCUUAAUGUUUUUCUAUAUGCAACCAGUUUACACAAGUAAAUAGAGGAAAGAAGCAAAUUUCAAAAAAUAUAAAACGAACAAGAAAAUUUCUUGGCAAAAAAUGUUCAUAGCUUUUGCUGCUCGAAGGCUCGAAGAGGUUUUUGGUGAUGGUUGUAGUUGUUUUUAUGACUUUCAAGCUCAAAAGCUGUGACGAAAAAAAAGUUUUUAAAUACGUUUUACAAAAGAAUAAACAACAAAAAAACAAUACAUGUAAUUAGCAAUGUAAGUCAGCAAUUUCAAUGUUUUCAAAUGGUACAAGACAAAUUUGUAGCUGUUAUAUUUAAACUAUAUUAAUUUCUUUGUUCUUAACUCCAGACUAUAUUCUGUGCAUUUGUAUCAAUUAAAUCUUUUUGUCGACUAAUUUCAAUCAUUUUUCUAUUUUGUUUUCCCGUUCGUCCCGGUUCUUUAUGUAAAUUAGUUUUAGUUCUGUUUAAGGCGCCGGAUCCACAAAAAAAAUUUAUUUAGUUAAGAGUUUCAAGUCUUUCGACGCUGUCACUAUUUUUCAAAUUAUUCAUUCUGAUAUUGUAUUGGCAAAUAAAUAUAGAAUUCAUUUCGAUGAAAGUUGCAUGCAGAAAA